AUGACAGUCGACCCGAGUCAGCCGGCGGUGCCGCCCACGAUCAUCAACAACGGCGAGGAGGUGCCCAACCCCAACCCCGCCGUGUACGCCAUCAAGCCGUACCUCCGCGACUAUGGUACCCCUCGGGUGUCGUACGACGCCGCGGGGCUCCCUGCGCUGUCUGGCACCGUGUCGCCCAACCCGACCGGCAGGGGAUCGCACACCAACCCCCGGCGGCCGGACGGCGCGCUCUCGCCGUCGUAUGGGCCGCUGUACGCAGGCACAACGGGGCAGGGCAGGGCCAACUGGGACAUCCACAUCUACUACAAGCCUAACAACCUUGGCGAGAAGGAGUACGCGCGCGCUCUGCACUCGGCCAUCCGGCGCGAGUUCCCCGAGCUGAAAGUCUACCGAUUCUGGGACGUGCCCAUCGGCCCGCACCCGCUGCCCAUGUUCGAGGUGGACGUGUUCAGCACCGAGCAGCUCGGCGCGGCGCUGUCGUACCUCGUCGAGAAUAAGGGCCCUUUAAGUGUGCUCAUCCACCCGAACACGGGCGACGCGCCCGGCGACCACUCUGUGCGCGCUACGUGGCUUGGGCCGCGGAUCGAGCUCGACGUCGAGAGUCUGCAUGCUGGCGAGCGGAGGCGGUUGGCCGAGGGGGACGCCGGGUUUGCCAAGUAG